AUGCCCAAGGCCAAGGGGAAGACCAGGAGACAAAAAUUCGGUUACAAUGUUAACCGGAAGAGUCUGAACCGGAAUGCUUGACGGAAAGCAGCGCCACGGAUUGAGUGUUCCCACAUCCAACAUGCCUGGGACCACGCUAAAUCCGUGCGGCAGAACCUGGCCGAGAUGGGGUUGGCUAUGGACCCCAACAAGGCAGUACCCCUCCAAAAGAGAAAGGUGAAGGCCAUGGAGGUGGACAUAGAGGAGAGGCCUAAGGAGCUUGUGCGGAAGCCCUAUGUGCUCAAUGACCUAGAGGCAGAAGCCAGCCUCCCAGAAAAGAAAGGAAACACACUGUCUCGAGACCUUAUUGACUAUGUGCACUACAUGGUGGAGAAUAACGGGGAGGACAAGGCUAUGGCCCGGGACGAGAAGAAUUACUAUCAAGAUACCCCAAAACAGAUUCGGAAUAAGAUCAACUUCUAUAGGCGUUUUUACCCAGCAGAGUGGCAAACCUUCAUUGAAUCUUUGCAGAAGAAGAUGGAGAUUGAGUGAUUGGCUGAUACCUACCCUGGGGCUGAGGUCUCCUCCUGGACCAGAGAAGCUGGAAGCCAGGGUUUAAGGCAAGAAGGGGCAUGUGGCUAGAUGAGGCUGGUCAAAUCCCAUGGAAUCAAAAGGUUAUACACACAUGCAAAUAGACACACUCACAUUCCCUUCUCUGGGGAAGGAACUGUCUCCAAGAGGCUUCUGAGGGCCCUGAAAAAAGCCAGAACCUACUGUUUUCAGUGGGUGGUUUACAUACAGUCUGUACAUAAUAAAACAAGGCUAUUUUAUUUUUCUGAUGGUUAUGUGUUCCCCUCAUGGCCAGGUCCCAGGUUUGCCCCUGUGAAAAUCAACUCAGGGCAGAGAGCCCAUCUAACCCUUUAUGUGCUGCAUUCCCACA